AUGGAUACGAAAGCGGAUCCUCUAACGAUUGUCGUCGAUAUGACUGGGACCAGUAUGAAAAACAUGGAUCUGAAAAUUUUCAAGUUCAUCCUACAUGCUGUCAAAUAUUACUACCCAAACACCGUUCAUGAUAUGAUCAUUUUUGAAUCGCCACCCAUUUUCAAUGCUUCAUGGAAGGUCGUGAAGUCAUGGUUGGACCCAGCGCAUCCGCAAAUUCAUCAUGUCACCAAAGAAGGCAUUGCACAGUUCAUCGAUAGCAAGUAUCUACCGCAUCACAUGGGAGGAGAGGCAAGCCCCAUUUCCAAGUUCUUGUUGGAUAUGCACCAUAUUAAUGCGGACUUCUCAAUUUGA